UUCUACUAUACCAUUUUUCGUAGAAGACGCAUUCUAUUUUUAGUAGAACGUAUUUUAAAAAACUUAUUUACCAAGUUUUUGAACAAAAGAAAAUUACCAGCUUGUGUAUAUGGAUGUUUUACUAAUUGUUUAUAUUUUUAAUAAUUUUUUUGAUUAACAAAAUUAUUUAUUUCAUUAGCUUUCAGAAAUACAAAGGAUAUAAAGGAGAAAAAAAUAGACAAAAUUGGUUUUAUACCAAAGAGACAACAACCUUGUUUUUUUGUUCUCUUUUAGCAAUUUUCCCUUUUUUUUUUCAUCAUCAGAAAAUUUUAUUUACUAAGGGAAGUUUGUACAUAAGAGAGCUAACACCAGAAAAUAACACAAGAGGGCCUUUUUAGUUUUUACACGAGCUUCCUUAGCUAACCUAUCAGCUAAAACGUAAUCUAGUCUAUUGAUAUAUUGGAAACGAAAUUUUUUAUUUUGAUGAGCUCCAUGCUAUCAUCCAACUGAGUUUGGAUAUGAGCAUCUUUGAGAGACUGAUUCUUCCUUGGGAAUGGAACAAAAUUCUUUAGCUUCCUGGAGAGGUUAAUUGGCAGAAUCUCCACAAAAGAGAACGUCGUUAUACGAUAGUCUCUUAACUUGAAAGACAACUUCCCUAAGAGCAUCUGUGACCUCACGGUGUAUAACUGAAAUUUCGGAGUUGUUUGAAAACAUGAAUAUCGGUAUUAGAAUUGUUUGAAAAAUAACAGUACAAAAAAGUAUAUUGUUCUUUUAUCCUAUAAUAUAGAUAAAAAAAUUUUGAGUAUAUAUUGUCAAGAACUAGUCUAUGAAUACUUUUCGAUUUUCCAAUACUUGGAUAGGUUCGGAUCGACUGCAUCCAUAGCGAGUGUAAUAACCAAAUCUAUCUUUGUAUAAAUGUGGAUCAAACAUCAUUUUCAGGAAUAUAUAACACAGUUAAUUAAUUGCAGAAAAUAAAUGUCAAUCUUAAUCAGAUAAAUACACAAUAUUCCACAUAUGUGAACUUUGGUCCGAAUUCAACUAUAACAUAUAUGAAAAAAGAAUUGAAAAUGUGGACAUAUGAAAAUCAUAACAAAUUUUUGUCCUUUUAUCUUUUUAUACAUUGUGUAACAAUGAGUCCUCUUCUCCUAUUUACUCUUCCUGUUUUGUCUUAAAUAGAAAAAAAAAUUAUGAUGUAUGAUGAUCAGUCUGACGACUUAUAUUUCUCUCUCCCUAUCUCAAUAUAAAUGACCAUGUGGUGUUUUGCAGCUAUAUAUAUAUGGACAACUGUGAAUGCAUUUUGCUAUCUAUCUCUCUAUAGUAGAAAAGAGGAAACACACAAACAAAACAAUAGUAGAAAAGAAUAAUUAAGUAAAGGAAAGAAGUCUCUCUUUUGAUCUCUUCCACUUAUAUCUCUCAUCUUCAAAUUAAGAAGCAAGAGAUAGAUCUCUUCCUCAGGUUUGUCUUCUUUCCCUAACCAUUUCUGUGCAACAUCCACUAUCACCAUCACCAUCAAUCUUCUGAAUCCAUCUUUCUGUAGCAGCUACCUCAAUAAUACUAGGAAGUAUCUAAGUCAUCUCUCUGUCUCUCUCUUUUAACUAUUUUGUAAGCCAAGAAGUUAGAUCCAUCCACUCCAUCUUACUUACAAAGUUCUAAAACUUAAUUUAUGCUCCCCUAAAUAUUUCAGUAUCCAGAAAAGAACCCUAAUCUCUCGAACCCUAGUUUAGAUAUUUUAUUAUAAAAAAUAUGGAUUCGAUUUCUCAAAAUCAUAAUAACAAGAACCCUAGUACCACUCUCUCGGCACAACCUCCUACCACUAGCCGCUACGAGAACCAGAAACGCCGUGAUUGGAACACUUUCUGCCAAUACCUCAGAAACCAUCGUCCACCACUCUCUCUACCGUCUUGCAGCGGCGCACACGUCAUAGAGUUUCUGCGUUACCUUGACCAGUUCGGGAAAACCAAAGUCCACAACCAAAACUGCGCCUUCUUUGGCCUCCCAGAUCCUCCGGAGCCUUGUCCUUGUCCUCUCCGACAAGCUUGGGGCUCACUUGACGCUCUUAUCGGUCGUCUCCGUGCCGCCUACGAGGAGAACGGUGGAGCUCCCGAGAUCAGCCCUUUUGGCUCAAGUUCAGUCAGGAUUUUCCUAAGAGAGGUUAGAGAUUUUCAGGCUAAAGCACGUGGCGUUAGCUACGAGAAGAAGAGGAAAAGGGUCAAUAACAAGCAAAUAACCCAAUCGUGUUUGCAGCCGCCUCUACAUACAGCCGCACUGGCGCAAGGUCAGCCUAUGAUGGCUAAGUAUCACCACAGUGAAACUUAAUGAUGUCAUAUAACUUCGACAAAUAAGUACGCUCGUAUCAUCUGUAGCUAUUUAUACGCACCAGCCUUUGUAUUUGUAUAAUGUAAUAUCCCUACUUUACUCCAUCUACCGUUAUCUAUUGUUAUUAGACUA